CACCUGCAAAUUCACGUUGUUUUGAUAUAGUUUAUUAGGGUUUGAAAUGGAUUGAAUUUGCAAACUUUUCCAGGGUUUUAUAGGGACUUGCACCUGCAAAUUCACGUUGUUUUGAUAGAGCUCACAAAGAUGGCACUUGGUGGCAAAAAGUGACCAGCACCUCCAAGUUUUUGGGUUUUGGACUGGGGUUUUGUGAAAAUUGGUGCUAGGGUUUUUAUCUCUUGCUCUAUCUAAGUCCCAACAAAUGGGGAAGCUCUCUACAUUGAUAAACUAUGUUAGGGUUUUCUCUUCUUCAAUGAACAGAUUAUCCUUUCAACAGCAUGUGCCGUAUGAAAACAGCUUGUGUAAUGGUUUCUGCAAGGUCUCUGGUCCAAAACCCAUGUUUGGGUUUUGCAGAGAAAUGGGAAGUCAAAGAAGUGGUGUCAUCUGUCCUUUUCAUAUGCGAAAUAAGCAGCUUAGAUUCAUGAGCCAGGAAGCAUUAGAGCCACAAAAGUUAACUACUGAUGAUGUUCAUUUGGGGGAUGGUGCUCAGGAGAAACCAAAGAGGAAGAAACUGAAGGGAAAGAGGGCAGUCAUAAAAUGGCUUAAGUUCUUUCGAUGGCAAAAAAAGAAGGAAUAUGAAAGGAUGACUGCUGAGGAGAAGAUUUUAUACAAAUUGAGGAAGGCUAGAAGGAAAGAAGCUCGACUCGCUGAAGCAUGGAAGAAAAUAGAGCCCAAGGAGGACUCUGGUGAACCAACUCAUGAUCCUGAGAUACUAACACCAGAGGAGCAUUUUUACUACCUGAAGAUGGGGCACAAGUGCAAAAACUAUGUGCCAAUUGGAAGACGUGGCAUUUUCCAAGGAGUGAUUCUCAACAUGCACCUACACUGGAAAAAGCAUCAAACUCUAAAAGUUAUUGUCAAAACUUUCACCCCUGAAGAAGUCCAGGAGCUUGCUAGUGAGUUGGCAAGAUUAAGCGGUGGAAUAGUGCUCGAUAUUCACGAAGGGAAUACGAUUAUUAUGUAUCGUGGAAAGAACUAUUCUCAGCCUCCAACAGAAAUCAUGUCCCCCAGGGUUACACUCUCUAGAAAGAAGGCCUUGGAUAAGUCGAAGUUCCGAGAUGGCCUACGAGCUGUUCGGAUCUUCAUUCCACGACUUGAACGAGAACUCGAGGUGCUCCAAGCCCAGAUGAAGAAGGAACACGAGCAAAGACUAGUGGCGCAAGAGGAAAAUCCAACUAUAGAGCUACAACAAUCUGUUGAGUCCGAAGCCUCAAACUCCAUCAAAACCUUCAACACUUCUAAAGAAGACUCGAUGCCUGAAUUCUCAGACCCAUCACUGGAAUCAGACUCUCUCUCUGACAUUUUCGAGUCAGACACUGAGUCUUGCUCUGAAGAGGGAGAGAAAGCUUUGUAUUUGGAUGAGAUUGAAGGGUUGCCAAGUGAUGAAGGGGAGGAAUCAGAUGACUUUGAGGAGCAUUUGCGUAGGAUUUCGGGUGACCGUAAAAGGAUGGAUUGGCCGGAAAAUGACAACAUGCCAGAGCUCGACGAGGUGGACAAGAUGUUCCUUCGAGCCGGCUCGCUUCUUAAGAAUAAGAGGAGUUGAUGGUUUGGAUUGUGUGAGGGCGUUUGGUGAGUAUUGUGGGAUUUGUUGGGAACUUUUUUUUGGGGUAUUUCAGUAAUUUGACAGGCUAGAUUUGGGAAAUGCUUGUGGUAAUGUGGAGUUGUAUUGUGUUCAUCUACUGAAGUCCGGGCAGUGUUCCUGUCAUCUAAGGUCUAGAGCGCAUUUACUAAGCAAGCACUGCUGAGGUUCGACUCGGACUCGGCCGGCUUUCUCGGACUCGGCCAGCUUUCUCAGACUCGGCACCUUGCCAAACCCAGUUCCUAGGUACAAUUCUGGUUAUAUAAAAAAAUUAUAUUUAUUUUGCUAAAUCGAUUUAUAAAUAUUUUUUUAUAUAAUAUUGAUUAUCCCACUAUGGUUUGUGAUUUUUUCUUAUCAUAUCUUAUAUUUUUCUAUUGUUAUUUUUUAAAAAAAAAUUGUAAGUUGUUUCUGGCUAUAAAUUAGAUUUUCCAUAUUACAUCUUUUAUAUAUAUUUUUUGGGAAGAUAUCAAUUAAGGUGUUGAAACACUUACAAAGUCAUUGAAGUGAUCAAAUGACCACAAUUAUAUUUGAGGGUUUGUUUUUUAAUUUCUAUUGAAAUAGAUACAUCUUCCAAAAAAAAAACUUGAGGAGUUUCCAAAUUGCUCAUAUUCGAGCUUAGGAAGCUUGAACAAUUAGGGACACUUUGACAAUUUCAUCGAGGCCUUAAUGUAAUGUCAUAAGUACUCCUUGUUUAGGGUUAGAAAUAAUUCUCUUGUAUUUGACAUAGAAAUAUAAAAACAAACAAUUAUUUCUAACCCUAAACAAGAAGGGUAUUAAUGACAUUAUGUUAAGGCCUCUUAGGAGUUGAAUUGUCAAAGCGCGCCUAAUUGUUCAAGCAGACUAUUAAAUGUAAUAAAUUGAUUUUGUAAAGGGUUUCAAACUUUUAUUUGAUAGUUUUCUUCUUUCUUUUUUUUUUGGACUUUUAUUUAUUUAAUUAAUUUUUUGAAACCGUUAGCCGUCAGUAUGGAGCCUAGGAUGUUAUGUUGAGGCACCUUUCCCUAGCAACCCAUACUCCCACCACCUUUUCCUUUUUUUGGACUUUUUACGAUAUUCAUUGUUUUAAGUUCGUUUUUUCUUACUCGUUUUUACUUUAAUUUUGCUUUUUUUGAUUUUUAUCCCUUUAUUGGGCUGGUACACUACAAAGGGCAAGUCCGCUUGGACUCGCUUGGCUUACUUUCAGCUCGAGCAAUGCUUGAGCCCCGGAGCCCGAGCCGAGUAAUUGAACCUUGCUACUAAGUUUACAAUUGUUUGUCGAACUAUCUUAUUUGAAGAGUGAAGGGACUGUAUUUGACUUUCAUCCCAAUAACGAGGAAUACCCAAAUACAAGUAUACAAAUAGGAGAGGGGCUGGCUUUCAAUCUUGCUAAUACGACCCACUGAUAUCUUCAAAAAAAAGUUAGCCCCCUGAUCUAUUUGAAAAAACAGGUAGGGCAUGUCUUCCCCACUGAAU